CUCGGCGGGAACCGGCCGUGAAGCUGCAGUACGCGGUGAGCGGCCUGGAGCCGCUGGCCUGGUCGGAGGACCACCGCGUGUCGGUGUCCACGGCCCGCAGCAUCGCCGUGCUGGAGCUCAUCUGCGACGUGCACAACCCGGGCCAGGACCUGGUGAUCCACCGCACCUCGGUGCCCGCCCCUCUCAACAGCUGCCUGCUCAAAGUUGGCUCAAAAUCAGAAGUUGCUGAGUGCAAGGAGAAAUUUGCCAGCUCCAAAGACCCCACCAUCAGCCAGACUUUCAUGUUGGACAGGGUGUUCAACCCUGAGGGGAAGGCCUUGCCACCAAUGAGAGGGUUCAAAUACACCAGCUGGUCUCCCAUGGGUUGUGAUGCAAAUGGCAGGUGCCUUUUGGCAGCACUGACCAUGGACAAUCGCCUGACUGUCCAGGUGAACCUCAACAGACUCCAGUGGGUCCAGCUGGUUGAUCUGACUGAGAUUUAUGGAGAGCGUCUCUAUGAGACCAGUUACAGGCUCUCUAAAAAUGAGGCUCCAGAGGGAAAUCUCGGGGAUUUUGCUGAAUUUCAGAGGAGGCACAGCAUGCAGACCCCAGUCAGAAUGGAGUGGUCGGGCAUCUGCACCACUCAGCAGGUCAAGCACAACAAUGAGUGCCGGGACGUGGGCAGUGUGCUCCUGGCUGUCCUCUUUGAGAACGGUAACAUUGCCGUGUGGCAAUUUCAGCUGCCCUUUGUAGGAAAGGAAUCCAUCUCCUCAUGCAACACGAUCGAGUCUGGAAUCAGCUCCCCUAGUGUUUUAUUCUGGUGGGAAUAUGAGCACAAUAAUCGGAAAAUGAGUGGCCUUAUCGUGGGGAGCGCUUUUGGACCCGUAAAAAUUAUCCCUGUCAAUCUCAAAGCAGUCAAGGGCUACUUCACCUUGAGGCAGCCUGUUGUCUUGUGGAAAGAAAUGGACCAGUUGCCUGUGCACAGCAUUAAGUGCGUGCCGCUUUAUCACCCCUACCAGAAGUGCAGCUGCAGCCUGGUGGUGGCUGCAAGAGGCUCCUACGUGUUUUGGUGUCUUCUUUUGAUCUCCAAGGCAGGUCUGAAUGUUCACAAUUCCCACGUCACAGGCCUUCACUCCCUGCCCAUUGUCUCCAUGACUGCAGACAAACAGAACGGAACCGUGUACACUUGUUCCAGCGAUGGGAAGGUGAGGCAAUUGAUUCCCAUCUUCACAGAUGUCGCAUUAAAGUUCGAGCACCAGUUAAUUAAACUCUCAGAUGUGUUUGGCUCAGUGAGGACUCAUGGGAUAGCAGUGAGCCCGUGUGGUGCGUAUCUGGCCAUCAUCACAACUGAGGGCAUGGUCAAUGGCCUUCAUCCUGUCAACAAAAAUUAUCAGGUCCAGUUCGUUACUCUCAAAACCUUUGAGGAGGCAGCUGCUCAGCUCCUGGAGUCUUCAGUGCAGAACCUCUUUAAGCAGGUAGAUUUAAUAGACCUAGUACGCUGGAAAAUUUUAAAAGAUAAACAUAUCCCUCAGUUUUUACAUGAAGCUUUGGAAAAAAAGAUCGAAAGCAGUGGAGUCACCUAUUUUUGGCGUUUUAAGCUUUUUCUCCUGAGGAUUUUGUACCAGUCAAUGCAGAAAACUCCUUCAGAAGCCUUAUGGAAACCAGCCCAUGAAGACUCAAAAAUCUUGAUUGUUGACUCUCCUGGGAUGGGCAAUGCAGAGGAUGAGCAGCAAGAAGAAGGCACCUCUUCCAGACAGGUGACUAAGCCAGGCCUGCAGGAGAGGAGCAGAGAGGGCGAAGCAGAGGAGCCCACAGACGACUCACUUCCCCCAUCGGGAGACGGUGGAGGCCACGAGGCAGUGGAGGAGAAGCUCCUUGAGAUCCAAGGGAAGAUCGAGGCUGUGGAGAUGCACCUGACCAGGGAGCACAUGAAGCGCGUCCUGGGGGAAGUGUACCUGCACACCUGGAUCACGGAGAACACCAGCAUCCCCACCAGAGGGCUCUGCAACUUUCUAAUGUCUGACGAAGAGUAUGAGGACAGAACGGCUCGGGUGCUGAUCGGACACAUCUCAAAGAAGAUGAACAAACAGACUUUCCCUGAACACUGCAGCUUGUGUAAAGAGAUCUUGCCAUUCACAGAUCGCAAGCAGGCCGUCUGCUCUAAUGGGCACAUCUGGCUCCGGUGCUUCUUAACCUACCAGUCCUGCCAGAGCUUGAUAUACAGACGGUGUUUGCUCCAUGACAGCAUCGCUCGGCACCCAGCCCCAGAAGAUCCUGACUGGAUUAAGAGGUUGCUGCAGAGCCCCUGUCCUUUCUGUGAUUCUCCUGUCUUCUGAAUGAAGUAGUGGAGGGCAGAAGGGCGUGAGCUGUGGAGCAUUCCAGAGCACGGGAAGCCGUACACUAGAGGAAGCCGACUGCGUGGAGAGGUGCUCUUCCUAACAGUCGCCAGGGCCUCUCUGGGAGGGCAGCGCACACCAUCUCCAGGACUAAAAGAUAUCUUUCAAGUGACUGAAGGCUUGGUGUCAUUUUGAGAUGAACGUGGUCCCCCAGUUCCUUACCCAAUGAGGAACGUUUACUUUCAAGUGUCUUGAUGAAAACAGUUGAACAAAAAAUUGUCCUAUGGAAUCUAGGAACCUGGUGGUCUCUGGUAGAGAAUCGUGUGAGGGCCUUCUGGGCUGAGUUAGGUCUUAUCCUUUUUUGGUCUGAGGCGGCCCAUGGCUCUAGAGGGCUUGAAUAGCCUGGUCCGUGCAUUCCACACACCAACAGAUAUUAAAAGUAUUAAAACAAUGUGUGGGCUGAUGUUUUGCUCCCAGUGCAUAGCUGCAGAUCUGUGUCCGGUUGACUCUUGUUUCUCAUGCAUAUGGAUAACAUUUUCCUUUAAAAUUCUAUAUUUUUAAGAAGUUGAAGCCAAGACCGAAUCAGUUUUAAUGUAUCACACAAUCAGGUGACUGUUCGAAGCCAACAGUUGUGAUGUGUUUCUGAUCGUCUCCGUAUCAUCAGAUUUGCUGAUCCUGCUUCUUAACAUAUGUGAGGGUGACAGUGCCCGCUUCACCCAUCUGUGCAACCUGGGUUGAGAUGCUGUGCAAAGAGGAAAAAUGCUUUCUUCUUUGGAAAAUUGGAACUUAAGUAUUUUUUAAUGUCAACAUUGCUGGAUGGUGACUGAGGAGGAGUCUGUCCAGGGAGUUCUGGAGAGAGGGCAGUGAGAGCUCUAGUGCCAUAGAUGUGUGCAGCCGAGUUGAGCAGAGCCUGGGAUUCCUGCUCUGCAGAGCUCCUUGGAGUUUGGAAUAUCGGUAUUUGUAGUCUGAAGAGAUGUCACGUUUCAUGUCUCUAUUAAUUGCGCUUAAUAGACAUUCUGGAAUCACAGUGUUCCUGGGUUUUUGGAGUAAGUGCCCUAGGGAUCGGUGCUGAUUAACUGGACUGCACUUUGAAGUAGUGCAUAGCUCUGGAAGGUCAGAUGGGAACUCAAAAUAUGAACUCUUCACUCUUAUUUUGUGAGGUUUUUUUUGUUUUGAUUUGUUGCUGCUGCUGCUGUUGUUGUUUUGCCUUUAUUUUGACUUGGUCUCCUGCUUGUAUUUUGUAUCCUCAGUGAAAGACAUUUUGCCUCACUCAGAAAUUGUGUCUGCCGUUGGCUGCUGUGGACGAGACAGCCAAGCCUGUGCUGAUCUCUUCCCACAGGCCCCUCCAGCACUGCCCUAGAGUGUCUUGUUCUGUUCAAGGGCUUGCUUUGUCUCUUAGGCUUAAUCAUAUAUUUGCUGGACUCUUUUUUUUUU